GUUUCUAGUCCUGUUACCACAGAAACAAGAUUGAGAGAAGAGAGGUUUCUAGUCCUGUUACCUCUCUCUCUCUCUCUCUCUCCUCUCUCUCUCUCUCUCUAUAUAUAUAUAUAUAUAUAUCUCUCAUGCAUAUUUAGAAAUGGGUUUCUGGUCUCGCCAUUCUGUUAUUACAUUUUAUCUUCUUCUUUUUAUUGUCCUUCAUUACUUGCACAAAGCAAAGGGUAUAACUUCUGAGUGUGAUUUCUUCAAGGGAAGAUGGAUUUUGGACCGUACUUAUCCACUUUACGAUCCUUCAAUAUGUCAUUUUCUUGAGCACGAGUUCACUUGCCAGAGGAAUGGCCGACCUGAUCUCUUUUACACCAAAUUCAGAUGGCAACCACAAGACUGCAAUUUAGCAAGAUUUGAUGGAGAGGAUUUCUUGGAGAGGUUAAGAGGGAAGAGUAUGAUGUUUGUUGGAGAUUCUCUGAGCCGAAACCAGUGGCAGUCACUCACAUGCAUGCUUCACUCUUCAGUACCUAAUGCCACUUAUACCAUUACAAGAGUAGAUGAUGUUUCAAUAUUCGAAUUUACGGAAUAUGGUGUCAAAGUGAUGCUUGACCGCAAUGUGUACCUAGUAGAUGUUGUGAGGGAGAGAAUUGGUAGAGUAUUGAAAUUGGAUUCAAUUGAUGGAGGCAAACUGUGGAAAGGAAUUGACAUGCUUAUCUUCAACACAUGGCAUUGGUGGAACCGUAGGGGUCCUACUCAACCGUGGGAUUAUGUCCAAGUAGGUCAGCAGGUAACCAAAGACAUGGAUCGUAUGCUUGCUUUCCAGAUGGCUCUCACUACAUGGGCGGCAUGGGUGGAUACAAAUAUUGACCCUGCCAAGACAAUGGUUUUCUUCCAAGGAAUUUCUCCAUCUCAUUACAACGGCACAUUGUGGAAUGAGCCAAGCGCAAAGAGUUGCAAGGAAGAGAAGCUACCAUUGGCUGGCUCAACUUAUCCAGGGGGUUUGCCACCGGCUUUGUUUGUGCUUAAAGAUGUGUUGAACAAAAUUACAAAGCCUGUCAAAUUGCUGGAUAUCACCAACCUGUCACUCUUGCGUAAAGAUGGACAUCCUUCUAUUUAUGGCUUUGGAGGCUUAACUGCCAUGGAUUGUAGCCAUUGGUGCCUCCCUGGAGUUCCUGAUACUUGGAACGAGAUUCUUUACAACUUGAUUCUUUGAAACAUGAAAUAUUACCCAAAAAGUAAUUGUUUAUAAUCAAAUAUAAAUAAUAUUAUUAUAUUCUGAAAGCAAGGACAAUAAUGGGGUUGUAAUUACUUUAUUCAGUAAAGCCAAAUAUAUGGUAUGGAGAUUGGUUGAAUACUAAUUUGAUGA